UUCCCCCUGAUUUCUCUAAUCAUGGCGCAAGAGUUGUCAGCGAGCAGAGCAAUAACAUCGUCACCUAUUCUUUAUACUUUGUCUGGUUCUGAAACUUCUGAUGAAGUUUAUUCAUUGCCUAAUUGUGAUGAGGAAAGUCAUGUUCAACCUGCCAGAGAACACUUUGAUUUGGUUGACGAAUCUAAAAAAAUUUUAAGCAUAAAUGAUCUUGUGGAUGUGCUUACAAUUUUAAGAAAAUACCAUUUUGUUAGUUCUGGUUAUUUUAUUUUUUGUCUUUUUCUGGGCUUGAAAUAUAACACUAUAAAAGAUAUUGAAGUGAAAUGCAGAGAAGAUCCUCAGAUUUGUCUUCGUGAAGGCCUAGCUAAAUGGCUGAUGAAAGCUGAUGACGUGCCAAAGAAUGGUGAUCCAACUUGGUAUACUCUAUUGGAAGCGUUGCGAUCUGCACUAGGCCUUGAUAAUGCAGUAGCUAAUGGAAUUGACAAAGAAAAACAUGCAGCUUGUUUCCUCUUUACUCAUCACAUAUCUGAGGAUUUUAUCAGAAAUACCACCUGUCUUAAAAAUUUCUCUAUUAUGAAGUUGCUAGUACGAGAAAUGAAGCUAAAGUUGGUUGAAUCUGCAGAUAGUUUUGAAUUAUACAGUGCUUUGAAAAUAAGCAUCUGUUUAAAUCAUGAAAAUCUUCAAAAAUUUGCUGUAAUCUUGGACAAAGAUAGUGCUACAAAAAAUACUGGAAAAGUUGUUAUGCAAGACUACAUGAAAGUGUUUCAUGAUAAUGAUGUCGCUGUGAAUAGUGAAGAAACAGAUAGCAAAGCUAAAUCUGUUUCUGUUUCAUCUGAUAUAAGUAAUGACUUCAAAAAAAGACGAACCCAUUUUGCAGCUACUUUUGACAAAAUCAGUGAUGUUGUCAGCGUUAGCAUUGACAGAUUAAAAAAGUAUCUUCAAUAUUAUCUUGAGUAUGACGAUAAAGAGCUUUCUAAAUGUGAAACAGUUGCAGAUAUUUUAAAUUGGAUAAGUAGACAGUGCUCAUUGACAAAUAUUGAACUUUUGGAGGCAACAGUGAAACGUUUUGAAAUUCAUGGCGCUGUAUCGAUUAUAGAUGAGUACAAAGCACAAAAUCAAGAUUAA